CCCAAAAUUAAUUAUUUGGGCAUAAACUAAUUUUGGUAAAACUCCUUUCUCUCUUCGCCGGCGAUGGACCUCUUCAAGUCUGUAACACCUAUACACUUCCGAUCCGACUCGGAAUUUCUUCAUUCCGACAUCAACGACUGAUGAGCAUGGUCGACGUGAUCAAAUGCUGCCUUGAUUCCAUCUCACAGAUAUCAGAUGACAUUAAAGAUGCCAUAGUGUACUUGGAUGCUGGAUCCACAGAGAGCUUUCAGUUGCUGGGAGCAUUUUCAUUGUUAUAUGAGCUUGGAGCUUAUUCCAUCUGCAGUUUGGAGAAGUCGUCACCUCUUGAUGAGGUGGCCGAUGGGACUUCAAAUGCAGAUUCUGAAAAGAAAAUUGUCAUCAUCACAACACGCCUUCUGAGUGAUGCUCAUAGAUACAUUUUACGGUGUCUCAGCACUCUUCAGAAUGUACAUCAGUGUGCAAUAUUUACAUCAAUUUCAGAGACGGCUCACUCAGCAUAUCCUGAUUCACCUCUAGGUCCAGAUGCUUUCCGUGAAUAUGAAUCUUUGCUUGUUCUAGACUACGAAGAGCAGCUCGUUAGAAGAUCUCAUACAAACUCUGCACCUUCUGGAGAAAACCUAUCAAAUGAUACUGUAGCUCCUAAAGACAAAGAGUUGCCACCAAUUGCUACCACUGCAGAACAUAUAUCCAUAUACAAUGCCAUUUCAAGUGUAAAGAAUCCAGAGAAGGACACUUUUAUUGACAAAGCAGUGGCUACACGAAGCAAGUUGGUUGUUUCUGUGCACCACUUCCCUUUGGUCUUAUGUCCCUUUUCACCUAGAUGUUUUGUCUUACCUUCUGAAGGAUCUGUUGCUGAAGCACACUUGUCGACUGAACAAGAGAAUUCUAUAAGCCGUGGCUUGCCUCCAAUAAGCACAGGAAUACCUCCCGACGGUGAAGAUGUCCCUCCUGGAGCAACUCUUACUGCUCAAUUUCUUUAUCAUUUAGCAACUAAGAUGGAUUUGAAACUGGAGAUAUUUUCUCUUGGUGAUUUCUCAAAAACUGUCGGUAAGCUUCUAACAGACAUGUCAAGCCUUUAUGAUGUUGGUCGCCGUAAAAGAUCAGCAGGAUUAUUAGUUAUUGACCGCACACUUGAUCUUCUCACCCCUUGUUGUCACGGGGAUUCACUGGUGGAUCAAAUUUUUUCUUCACUUCCUCGUAGGGAACGAACAACAACAUCGUUAGGCUCACAAAACCAACUCAAAUAUGGGCCCACUUAUGUGAGACGAGCUCCACUUAGUGUUAUGAUACCACUUGAAAACUUUAUUCAGGAAGAAGGAAGUUCACGAAAAAGCAAAUCCAGUCUGGUAGAGUGCAGUGAAGCCUUUUUAAGUGGUUGGAAUGGAGAAAAGUCAUUGAAAAGUUUUGACUGUGAUUUUCUUUCCGGGUCCUUUGUCUCCACCGAUAACUAUCGAGGAACUCCGUAUCUGGAGGCUAUUCUAGACAAUAGAACAAAAGAUGGGAUUCUACUAAUCAAGAAAUGGCUUCAGGAGUCUUUACGUCUGGAAAACAUUUCCUUAAGUACAAAAAUAAGUCCCAGUAAUUAUGUUUCGAAGGCAGAGCUACAGGCAUUGAUAAAAGCAUUGACUAAAACCCAAUCAUCAUUGAUAAGAAACAAAGGGAUAAUUCAUUUAGCCAUAGCAGCUUUCUACGUUUUGGAUGAAUUGCAUAGUUCGAGAUGGAAUGCGUUUAACAGUGCUGAGAAGAUAUUGACAGUAAACGCUGGAGAUACAACCCAGAGUCUUGCUGCUCAAAUCAACGAUCUUAUUAACAAAAGUGCUUUCGUUGGUGUGCAUGAGGCUACAACAAAGGGUCUACUCACUCUUCAAGAUUCCCUUCUCCUUUUAGUCAAUGGAUAUAUAUUAGGUGGUGAGAAUUUCCCAACAUCUGGCUCUAAUGGUCCUUUCUCUUGGCAAGAUGAGCAUUCCAUCAAAGAAUCCAUCAUUGACGCAAUCAUUGAAAACCCAGCAGUGUCUAAACUGAAGUUUCUCCAAGGCCUGACAGAAGAACUUGAUGAAGCUAAUUCAAACAAGAAAAAACAAGACAAAAAGGAAGAAAUUCUUGACCAAGUAGAGACCACUGAUUUUGAUGAGGAGUGGGACAAUUGGGACGAUGAAGAUGCUGAUAAUGAUAAAAGUAAAGAGAAAGUUUAUGGUGACAUGCAGCUAAAAUUAGAGUUACGUGAUAAAGUAGAUAAUCUUUUCACAUUCUUGCACAAACUGUGUAAACUGAAGAGCAACGUGAUGUUUAGAGAGUGGUCAUUAAGCUUGGAGAAUAAAUUCAGUGACGAUCCUUACUCCAAGAAAGGAAUGCUUUAUAAAGUGCUAAGCAAGGUACUUGAGAAGCAGGAUGUGCCUGGCUUAGAGUACCAUUCAACAACUGUUGGCCGGCUUUUUAAAAGUGGGUUUGGGAGAUUUGGACUUGGACAGACAAAACAAAGCCUUGCAGAUCAGAAUGUCAUUUUGGUGUUUGUCAUAGGGGGCAUCAAUGGCGUUGAGGUAAGGGAAGUCCAGGAGGCAUUAUCCGAAAGCAGCCGACCUGAUAUAGAUUUGGUUCUAGGUGGAACCACUCUUCUAACCCCCAACGACAUGUUUGAAUUACUCCUUGGAGAGUCUGGCUACAUUUAAGGCUCUCCUUGAAUUUGUAGCAUUAAAACUUAGUGAAAUGCUAUGCGGAAGUGCGGAAAAGACUUUCACAAUGUAGAUAACACAGACAAGACUUUUCAUAGGUGGAUGGAGUAACUAUUAUGCCUUCUUUAAUGCCCUGAGCCCAGACACAUUGCUCUCCCAGUGACGCACAUCAUCAAAAUCAUGACGAGUAUGUGAUGACAUCAUUGUGAUUCUGGCGGUGUAACGUAAAUGGUGAUUUUGUGAGCACGACUACCUCUGAUGGGUGAACCUAAAGGAUCUUGUUAAUAGGGAGUAAAUUUUGCCCGAGAUUAUGACAUCAUAAUUCAAACAGGAUAUGGACCAAGUUAAUACUAGUAGUAAUUUCUAGGGAUAACUGCAGUUUGAGUAGGUAUCCUAAAACCGGUAAAGUCCAUCCAUUUUCAUUACAUUCCUCUAUUAUUGUUAUGAUCUUCGAAGAUCAAAUAGCAGGAUCAUUGUGAUACCUUACAUUUGUUAACGAGUCAUACGUAGUAUGUUAUAUGGACUAUGGAUCGGAGUAUCAUAAGAAAAACAGAAAAUCC